CUCCUCUCGACCCGAGCCCGCAGGCGCUUUGUAAUUGAAUCACGGCCAGUUGACCAUCGUCGACCUUGUCGUCUCACCCUCAACGAAGACACGUCACGUUCUUGAGCUGUCCAACCGCAUUCGCCAACUGUACAAAGCCACUCGUCCACGUCGUGCCGAGUCCCCAAGGGACAAACACGCGAACAUCACAUCGCAACGACCUGUACCAUGAGGUUCUCACUCGACCUCGCCGCCGUGACGGCCACGGUGCUGCUGGGCUUGACCACCGCCGCCGAAGCUGAAGCCGAAGGGUUCUUAGCCCGAGCCUCCCGCUCGGCGCCGCGCCCGCAGAUCCACACGCUGCCGCCGCUCCGCGAGCAGGCUGUGCUAGUCGACGGCUGGACGGCCGAGCGCGCCUCGCGGAUCCCCGCCAUGCUCGAGCGGCGCGGCAUCGAUGCUUGGGUGCUCAGCCAGCGCGAGUACGCCGAGGAGACCGCCUUUUGGGCCUUGAAGCCCUUUGUCGCCUUUUCCGCGCGCCGGCGGACGACGUAUCUGUUCCUGUCCUCCGCUCUGACCAAGAAGAACACCACCACCACCACCGGCAGUUCUUCAGGCGAGGAGGUCCAGCUCGCGUACCGCUGGAUCGAUAACACGCCCGACCUGUGGCUGCACCUGCGCGAGGUCCUGGACAAGCACGAACCCGCGACACUCGCCGUCAACGCGCACGGCGAGAUCUCGUUCGCCUCGGGCAUGCACGCGGGCGAGCUCGAGACGCUGAAGCGCGGCCUGGGCGACAAGUGGACUGCCCGUCUCAUUCCCGACGAGCCACUGCUCGCGGUCGAGCUCGUGGCGACCAUGGUCGAGGACCGCCUGGGCUGGUACAAGAAGAUGAUGGAGACUGCGUGGGCGAUCAUCGAGGAGGCGUUCAGCAGCAAGGUUAUCGUCCCUGGAGUUACGACGACCGAGGACGUCGUGUGGUGGAUGCGCGAGAGGAUCCAGUCCCUCAACUACACGACCUGGUUCCAACCAGCCGUCAACAUUGUGACCCUCUUCGAUUUCAACCCGAACGCCACCCACGAGACGGGCUCCGAGCUGUUCCGCAGCACCAGCAGCGACACUGCUGCGACCCAGCGGCCGAUUCAGUACGGCGACGUGCUGCACACCGACUUUGGCGUCACCGCCCUGGGCCUCAACACCGACACGCAGCAUCUCGCGUACGUGGUGCCUCCGGGGCAGUCAAAGGCCGACUCGGACAAGAUCCUCAAGAGCCUCCACGAAGGACUGCACAAGGCCAACAGGAUGCAGGACAUCACCCGGGCGAACAUGAAGAUUGGCCUGACGGGCAAUGAGAUUCUCAAGGCUUCGAGGAAGGAGAUGGCUAGCGAGGGCAUUGUGGGCAAGAUCUACUGUCACCCGACCGGCGAGUUUGGCCAUUCUGCGGGUUCGGUCAUCGGAAUGACGAACCUGCAAGACGGGGUACCGGUCCUGGGCGACCUGCCUCUCCUCAAGGACACCUACUACAGCAUCGAGCUCUAUGCCGAACAUUACGUCCCCGAGCUAGAUCAGUCGCUCUAUUUCUACCAGGAGGAGGACGUAUUCUGGAAUGCCACCGGCGAGUCCUGGGACUGGGUCUACGGACGGCAGGACAAGUUCAUCUUGAUCGAGUACCUUGAGGCGGACUCCCAGAUUGGGGAGUUGUAGCGGGCUUCAGAGCAUAUAACAAUGGCUCUGGGAGGUUUCGGUGAGGUAAUUGUAUGGCUUGUUACAAGCAGGGUAUACCCUGUGUGCGCAGCCAAGGUCGCAAAGCCGCAGCUUGUUCUACUUGCACGUAAUGCUGAAUAUCGAUAAAUGUGCACGGACAAACAAGGCAUCGCGGUGCCGGCGAUAUUCAAAUCACCUCACGCUGACAGCCACGAAUACCCCCAAGUGUGCUGCCAGUUAUAGGUUUGUGCGUUGUUCAUGAUUGCAAAUCGUCGACUCGACGAAGAAAUGGCUGGAAAGGAGGUUAUUGCAAGCACUGUAGACGAGAAGCUCCCAUACGGCAUUGGCGGCGUGCAUUCACUUCUAGCAUAGGACUCCUUUCAGAAGAUGGGAUGCUGUCCAGCUUGGUGUCAGCAUUGUCCAAUCUAUAACAGCAAAAUCGUGACAUGUUUAGCACGCAGCCGUCGCAUGCAAGACACACGCAUGUAGC